UCCUCAACUUCAAAAUAACACUUUCAGACGCGUUGAACUACUGAUCCACCAAACACUGCAAUGGACGAACUCAAACAAAACAAAACCCCAAUCUGCAAAAACAUCCCAAAUCUCCUCUCUUCGUUCAUCGACACAUUCGUCGAUUUCACCGUAAGCGGCGGCCUCUUCUUACCACCACCAAAUCCCACUCAAACCCAAACCCUAACCACCACCUACCCAUCUCCCGCUCGCUUAAUUGCAGUCGGCGAUCUCCACGGUGACUUGGACAAAUCAAAGCAAGCUUUCAGAUUGGCCGGUUUGAUCGACGACUCGGGCAAUUGGUCAGGUGGGUCUGCCACCGUUGUCCAAAUCGGCGACGUUCUUGACCGAGGCGGCGACGAGUUGAAAAUUCUUUAUUUCUUGGAGAAAUUAAAGAGGGAAGCUUUUAAGCAUGGAGGUAAUUUAAUUACUAUGAAUGGUAAUCAUGAGAUUAUGAAUGUAGAACAAGAUUUUAGAUAUGUUACUAAGAGUGGGUUAGAUGAGUUUAGUAAUUGGGCUUAUUGGUUUAGUUUAGGUAAUAGAAUGAAGAAUUUGUGUGAUGGGGUUGAAAAAAGUAAGGAUAUUUUCGAUGGGAUUCCGUCGAGUUUUCGCUGUGUUAAAGAAGAGUUUAGUCAUGGUUUUAGAGCUAGGAUAGCUGCAUUGAGACCUAAUGGUCCUAUUGCUAAUAGAUUCUUAUCUAAGAAUGUGACGGUUUUGGUCGUUGGAGAUUCGGUUUUUGUUCAUGGUGGAUUGUUGGCACAGCAUGUGGAGUAUGGUUUGGAGAGGAUGAAUAAGGAGGUUAGGGAUUGGAUUUCUGGGUUGUCUGAAAAAUCUUCACCGGUUUAUUGUAGAGGGAGAAAUAGUGUAGUAUGGCUGAGGAAAUUCUCGGAUGAGUUAGCGAAGAAUUGUGAUUGUUCGGCUCUUGAGCAUGCUCUUGCGACAAUUCCGGGAGUGAAGAGGAUGAUUAUGGGGCAUACGAUUCAAGAAGCUGGGAUUAAUGCAGUUUGUGACAAUAAGGCUAUAAGGAUUGACGUGGGUAUGUCGAAAGGGUGCGCUAAUGGGUUGCCUGAAGUUUUGGAGAUUAAUGGGGAGUCGGAAUUACGAAUUUUAACUUCCAAACCUUGGUAUCAGACUAAGCAUAACUCUUAUUUGUAUUCUGAUAGGAAGGAAGGCCUUGGGUUGCUAUUACCAGAUAAUGGACCGAAACAAGUGGAAGUGAAAGCUUAAGAGGAUUUGAACUUCACAGGUUAUUUUUCCUUGUUGGUUCAACUUGUAGAGAUCGUGGAUUGUAAAGCAUUGCUUGUAUUCGAUUAUUGUCAGAAAGUAUUUAUCUCAGCACGAUUCUUGCCCAAAAGAUAAAACUUAUGCUGCAAACUCUUGAUCUUUUCCUUCGAAAGGCGUUUUCAGCAUUACAUGGAAUUACAGGUAAAAUUCCUCCUACUCUGAAGCAUCAGAGAAGAUCGGAUACUUACAUGAAGUGUAUAUGUUCUUCUAUUGUAACAGAUCUAUACAUUUAGGAUUUUCUAUUUCUCACGUUCAAGUUGAAUAAUUUAUUUUCACUAACCUUAAUUUCCAUAGAUUUGUUUUGCAUGUUUGUACUGCAAA